AAAACGGGCUCAGUUCGUCAAGCAGCCGGGUGACUUCAGAGGCGCCGGCCCGUCGCCUGGCCGCACCUGAGCGCGGCCCUUUGCGGAGCCCCACCGGCCGCGAUGCUGUAGGGACAGCCCGCCGCGUCCUCCCGCCGGACCGUUAUCCGCGCCGGGGCGCCUCCAAGAACAGCCGGCAAGAUGCCGCGCUCCUUCCUGGUCAAGAAGCAUUUCAACGCCUCCAAAAAGCCAAACUACAGCGAACUGGACACACACACAGUGAUCAUUUCCCCAUAUCUCUAUGAGAGUUACCCCAUGCCCGUCAUCCCCAAACCAGAGAUCCUCAGCUCGGGAGCAUACAGCCCCAUUACCGUGUGGACUACGACAGCUCCAUUCCACUCCCCACUGCCCAAUGGCCUCUCUCCUCUUUCUGGAUACCCCUCAUCCUUGGGGCGAAUGAGUCCCCCUCCUCCAUCAGACACCUCAUCUAAGGACCACAGUGGCUCAGAAAGCCCCAUUAGUGAUGAAGAGGAAAGACUACAAUCCAAGCUUUCAGAUCCCCAUGCCAUUGAAGCUGAAAAGUUUCAGUGCAAUUUAUGCAAUAAGACCUAUUCAACUUUUUCUGGGCUGGCCAAACAUAAGCAGCUGCACUGCGAUGCCCAGUCUAGGAAAUCUUUCAGCUGUAAAUACUGUGACAAGGAAUAUGUGAGCCUGGGCGCCCUUAAGAUGCACAUUCGGACCCACACAUUACCUUGUGUCUGCAAGAUCUGUGGCAAGGCGUUUUCCAGACCCUGGUUGCUUCAAGGACACAUUAGAACUCACACUGGGGAGAAGCCUUUUUCUUGCCCUCACUGCAACAGAGCAUUUGCAGACAGGUCCAACCUGAGGGCGCAUCUGCAGACCCAUUCUGAUGUAAAGAAAUACCAGUGCAAAAACUGCUCCAAAACCUUCUCCAGAAUGUCUCUUCUGCACAAACAUGAGGAAUCUGGCUGCUGUGUAGCACACUGAGUGACGCAAUCAAUGUUUACUCGAACAGAAUGCAUUUCUUCACUCCGACGCCAAAUGACAAGUAAAAGUCCAAAGGCAUUUUCUCUUGUGCUUACCAACCAAAUAAUAUGUAUAGACACACACAAACACACACGUGCACACGUGCGUGCACACACACACACACACACACACACACAUUAAAAGCUGCAAGAGCAUGGAAUCCAUGUGUUUAAAGUUAAUCCUUUCCAUGUGAAGUUUAAAAUUACUAUAUAUUUACUGACAGCUAGAUUGGGAAGAUAAAAGAUGAGGAACUUUCUCUUCAAAGAUGAAGCACAAAGCACAUUGCAUCUUUUCUUACUAAGAAAGAAUGCAAAGAUUUACAUUGCUGCCAAAUCAUUUCAACUGAAAGGAACAGUAUUGCUUUGUAAUAGUUUGUAAUAGAAUUUCCUAUAGGGAGAGGAUUUGCCAGACGCUAUCUCAGGUGCCUUAUAAAGUAUUCUAAGUUUACUUCAUUACAUGUCUGAUGUCUGGUUGCCAUCAUUGAACUAAAGCCUUUUUAUUUUUAUUUUUUAUUUUUGAUUAUCUGUAAUGCUUUAAACUGUAAUUUUAAGAAAGAGAAAAAAAUAAGAACAAAACACAGGAGAAUGUAUUAAAAGUAUUUUUGUUUUGUUGUUUUUGCCACAUGUGCCUUGGGAAAGGAGGGAAAGACUAGCUUUGAACAUUCCUGGUACAUGCUCCAAAUAUUAAUUUUUAAAAGAAUUUUAAUGAUUUUUCUGAAACUAAGUAAAAUGGGAAUAAGUGCAAGAGAAGAUUCUUAGAAAUUCAGUAAUGAACUGAAACUAUUUUAAAUGCAUACGACAGAUGCAAUAAUACAACACCCCUUCCAAGUGCCUUUUUUAAUUAACUGUAUAGUUGACAAGUCAAUGUAAAUUUGUGUUUAUUUUUAUAUGAUUGAAUGAGUUUUGUAUGAAAGUGAGAUGUUGUCUAUAGCUAUGCCUAUAUACAACCUGAAGAAUUGUGAAAUUGAUGUUUCUUUUUUAAAAAAAAAUAAUUUUCAAGGUCCUUUUUUACAAUAAACUUUUUGAUUUAAAA